AUGCUUAGUCUUCUCUACAUCAGUAACUUUACUCGGCGGCUUCGUUUUCUUAACAAGGUUUCUUACCUCUCAUGUCGUUGCUCUUUCGCGUUUUUCUCCACUACAUCAGCGGCUUCGCCCUCUUCCUCCUUCGGCCAUGAUUCAGCGAUUCCAAGAAAUUACGAAUCUUCCCCGUUUUUACUCUCCGCUGGUGAAUUCGAACGGGGUUCGAGGUCUCUUGGUGGGGCAGGGCAGCAGAGCCGUGGCGUUAGUGGUUCUCCUCUGAAAGACUAUCUUUUGGAUUUGUCCGAUGUGAUUCCCAAUAUUACCCGUAGAUUUAGAAGAUUUCCUGGUUUGAAACCCGAAAAUGUGCUCGAAUUAUUACUUGGGUUUGAAUCUGAGCUUCAGAGGGGUGGAAUUGAAGGUAGAAAGGUCCGACCUUUCUGGGAGAUUUUCAGAUGGGCUAGUGGGCAAUACAAAGGGUUUAAGCAUCUACCUCAGGCUUGUGAGAUCAUGGCAUCGGUGCUUGUCAGGGAAAGAAUGGUUAAGGAAGCUGAAUUGUUGCUUAUGGAAAUGGAGAACGAUGGAGACACGUUGGAUAACGAAGGAAUUUUCUGUGACUUGGUCCAGAAAUAUGUCGAUGAUUUCGAUUCCAGGAAGGCAGUUUUGCUGUUCGAUUGGAUGAGGCGUAAAGGUUUAGUACCUUUAACUUCGUGUUACCAGUCUCUGAUUGAUCAUUUGGUUAGAGUUCACAGAACAGAAUCAGCUUAUAAAAUUUGUUUGGACUGGGUGGAGACAACGGCUGAAUCAAAUGACGUGAACAUAGACAGAAUCGGGAAAGUUGUCGAGUUGCUUUGCUUGGACAAGAGGGUUCAAGAGGCUAGAGUCCUGGCGAGAAAGCUUGUGGGUUUAGGCUGUAACCUGAAUAGCUCAAUAUAUAGCAAGAUUGCUUUAGGAUACAGCGAGAAGCAGGACUUUGAGGAUUUGUUGAGUUUCAUUGGUGAAGUUAAAUAUGAACCUCAUGUGUUUGUUGGCAAUAGGAUUGUGCAUUCUCUCUGCAGGAGGUUUGGCUCAGAGAGAGCUUAUGUAUAUAUGGAGGAGCUUGAACACUUGGGUUUUAAACCCGAUGAGGUCACAUUCGGCAUCUUGAUUGGUUGGUGUUGUUAUGAAGGAGAUAUCAAAAGAGCAUUUCUUUAUUUAUCUGAGAUUACGUCAAAGGGUUUUAAACCCGAUGUGUAUACUUAUAAUGCUAUCUUGAGUGGGCUUUUUAGAAAAGGAUUGUGGCAACAUACUCAUUGUAUUCUGGAUGAGAUGAAGGAAAAUGGAGUGUUGCCCAGCUUGUCUACGUUUAAGAUAAUGGUAACUGGAUACUGCAAAGCUAGGCGGUUUGAGGAAGCUAAGACGAUUGUUAACAAGAUGUUUGGUGAUGGAUUGAUCGAAGCAUCUAAAGUUGAAGAUCCGCUUUCAGAAGCUUUUAGUUUAGUAGGAUUUGAUCCGUUAGCUGUUAGAUUGAAAAGGGACAAUGAUUCCGGAGGCUCCAAAGCAGAGUUCUUCGAUGAUCUUGGGAAUGGGCUAUACUUGGACACUGAUUUGGAUGCUUACGAGCAGAGGGUGAAUAUGGUACUUGACAGGUCUGUGCUACCGGAGUUUAAUUUGCUUAUCGUUAGAGCAUGUAACGACGGUGAGUUACAAACAGCUUUGGGGCUUCUUGAUGAAAUGGCUCGAUGGGGUCAAAAACUAUCACGUCGAGGUUUUACAGUUUUAGUGAAGAGUCUCUGUGCAUCGCGUUCCCAUGUCAGAGUAGGUAUUAGCCUAAUGGGAAAAUGGCCAAAGCUGGCUAAUCAGUUAGAUGGAGAAACCUUUAACUUUCUUGUCCAAGAAUUCUGCAAGAAGGGACUUAGCCGCCAAAGCAAGCUCAUUUUCCAUAGAAUGGUUCAAAUGGAUUUUCCAAUCGAUAACGCAACCUACACAUCUUUGAUAAGCUGUUUCUGUAAGAAAGAAACACUCAGUGAUGUCAUGAGUGUGUGGGACGCUGCCGAAAAUGCAAACUGGUUACCUGAUUUGGACAGUUGCGGAACUCUAUGGGAAUGUCUUGUCCAGAAAGGAAUGGUGGAGGAAGCGGUUAAACUCUUUGAGCGUAUUUUCAUAUCGUAUCCUUUGUCUCAGUCACAAGCAUGGAGGGUGUUUGUCGAGAAGCUCACAGUUCUUGGGUUUUCUCAUAUCGCUCAUUCUGUUGUGGAAAGACUUGAAGGAGAGGGUUACGUUGUGGAAGAAGAGGUUUACAACCAUCUAAUCAAGGGACUCUGUAAAGAUAAGAAUGAUUCGGCUGCAUUUGCUAUACUCGACGAAAUGCUAGGCAAGAAACACAUUCCAAGCUUGGGAACUUGUUUGAUGCUAAUUCCUAGGCUUUGUGGAGCUAACAAAACAAAGAAGGCAUUUACUUUAGCAGAGCAAUCAGAUUCUUCAUCUUCUGUCUACUGUGCCUUGAUACGAGGACUAUGCUUAGCUGUGAUGAUGCUCGACGCCGAAAAUCAGUUACGGAUAAUGUUAUCAAAUGGGGUUCUACCGGAUAACGAUAUCUACAGUUUGAUGUUUCAAGGUUAUUGUAAAGGCAACAACUUGAGGAAAGUUGAGGAAGUGCUAGGAAUCUUGGUGAGGAAGAACGUAAUCUGUUCGGUUGCGAGUUACAGAGAAUAUGUUCGGAAAAUGUGUUCAGAGCGUCAGUUUCUCUCUGCAAUUAGUCUGAAGGAGUUUCUGUUGCUACGAGGAAGCAAUCCUGACGGCUUAAUCAUCUAUAAUCUGCUGAUUUUCCAUCUCUUUCGGAGUAAGAAUCGCUUGGAGGUUAAUAAAGUCUUGCUCGAUAUGCAGGGAAGAGGAUUGUUGCCUGAUGAAACCACAUUUAACUUUCUCGUACAUGGAUACUCUUUGUGCGGAGACUAUUCGAGUUCUCUGCGAUAUCUCUCGGAUAUGAUCUCCGAGGGGAUGAAACCGAACAAUCGAAGCUUAAGAGUGGUGAUCAGUUCUCUGUGUGACAAUGGAGAUGUGAAGAAAGCUAUGGACUUGUGGCAGGUGAUGGAAUCGAAAGGCUGGAUUUUUGGUUCUUCAGUUGUCCAUACCAAAAUCGUCGAAUCCCUAAUUUCGAGAGGCGAAAUUCAAAAAGCCAAAGACUUUCUGAUUCGUGUGACACGCAAUGGCAUGAUGGCUCCUAACUACGACAAUCUCAUCAAGACACUAUCUGAUUUCGGGAAUCUUGACAUUGCGGUUCAUCUCUUGAACACAAUGAUAAAGAACCGAAAUGUCCCGGAUUCCUCGAGCUAUGAUUCAGUCAUCAGUGGUUUCCUGAGAUGCAACAACCAACUGGAUAAAGCUAUGGACUUUCAUACAGAAAUGGUGGAGUUUGGUCUAAGACCAAGCAUAAAUACAUGGAGUGAUCUAGUUCAUAAGCAUUGCGAGGCAUGUCAAGUUGUGGAAUCAGAGAGACUUGUCAAGUCAAUGGUUGGGUUAGGCGAAACACCGAGUCAAGAGAUGUUUAAGACUGUGAUUGAUCGGUUUCGAGUGGAGAACAACACAGUGAAAGCUUCGGAGAUGGUGGACAUGAUGCAAAAGUGUGGCUAUGAAAUUGAUUUUGAGACUCAUUGGUCUUUGAUCAGUAACAUGAGCUCUUGUAAGGAGAAGAAGACAAAUGGUCAAGGGUUCUUGUCUAGGCUUCUCUCUGGCAAUGGGUUAUCUUGGAAGCGAUGA